GUUGCAUCGAGUCAACCUGAAUUUGUGUUCAAUUUUGCAGUGCAUUUCACAAAACUUGUAAUUUUUAUAAAUAAACAUUGUAAAUUCCAAUUGAAAUGGUAUAAACAGGACGAGAAGAAGUUGCAUUUGUACCAAAAUAAGCGUCAGAUGCCUUCCAGUGAAACGCAAUCGAUAAGAAUGGAGAGCGAAAUUGCAUGCAGCUUAGUUAGUAAGGAGCGAUCCGGACUAACACAAGCCGAAUUAUCGGAAAAUGCCGCAAGAGAAUUACAAGAGAUUCGCAAAUUACUGUGGGGUCCCAACAUACGUGUGGAUGUGUUUCGACGUUGGUCCCAAGGCUUCGAAUUUAGUGAUACAGAACCAUCAGCUUUGGUGCAGAAAGAGGGUGGACCAUGUGCUGUGAUAGCGCCCGUACAGGCAAACCUGUUAAAAAUACUUAUUAUGGAUACGCCAGGUCACUUUCUCAAAGACCUCACGCAAGAUAAGUGUCGACACCUGUUAAUACAAGCGUUAUGCGCCAUUCUGAGUAAGUGCUGUGCCAAACGCUUUCGAAUUGUUUCGCUGCCGAUGGAGCAAUGCGCGGAAGCCAAAGAAGUCGUGAACGCCGCAAGUGACAUUCCAGAUGUAAAGCUGAGUACAGAAACUUUGGAAGAGGCUACGACAGAACCGGUCGAUGCUGGUGCGGCAACUACCGUGCGUGUAGCCGAUGCACGUGAGGUCUCUUCAGAUGCAUAUCAUGAGGGUCUACAAGUGCUAAACUUUGACACGAUUGAAGAAGUGGAGAAAUAUUAUACGGAACACUGGCAAGUGCUCUCUGGCCAAUAUGGCGUUAUGCUCUUCCUUUAUUCAGUGCUGCUCACGAAGAACAUUGAUAAUGUUAUUUCGGAAUUGUCCGAUACCUCUGAGCCGCUGAUACACAAUACAUAUGGCUAUGGGUCGCAAGCGCUCAUAAAUCUAAUGUUAACAGGACGCGCUGUAGCGCAUGUAUGGGAUAAUGAUCAGGAUGUUGGUGGCUUAAAGUUGCGCGGCAUUAAUGAGCAAAGCGAUAUUGGUUUUAUCACAUUAAUGGAGCAAAUGCGUUAUUGCACCGUCGGUUCAUUCUAUAAGAAUCCCAAAAACCCUGUUUGGGUGAUGGGUUCAGAGACGCAUUUAACUGUUCUGUUUAGUACUGAAAAGAGGCUGGUGUCACCCGAAACACCUUCAGAGCUGGCAAGACGCGUUUUCAAAUCGUAUGAUCCUGAAGGUAAUAAUUUUAUACCGGCCGAUGUGCUACAAGAUGUUUUGGCCGCAUUGGAUUUGGUCAACGAGCCUGAGUAUGUGGAAAUCAUGCAAAAACGUCUCGAUCCGGAGGGCUUACACAUUAUUCUCUUAAAUGCAUUUAUGGACGAGUUCUUCCCACAGGAGCAGCGAUCAACACCUGAUACAUUUGAUUUAAUGCACUACAAUGGCAUACCCGGUUCAAAUGAAGGCAACAAAGUACGUUAUUGCAAAGGUUCUGCCAUAUUGCUUGAAAGCGACUUAAAAUCGGUAUGCAUCUCCAAUCCAAUGCUAACAUGUUUGCAGACAAAGUGGCCAAAUAUUGAAAUUAAUUGGCAUGACAUGCGGAUACCAUCGUUGAAUUGACGACACAUUGCUAUAAGCCAAUACCCUAUGCAAUAAUGCAUAAUGCACACAAAUCGAAUCGCUAAUUUAAAGCAAUUUUGUUUAUUUUUGCCGCAUACAAGAUGACUUCAUACAAAGUCAAAUGAAAGCGGCGAGCUGUUAUAAUACUAAAUAUGAAAUAUGGAUAUGUUUUUGCAAAGCACAGAAUACAAAAAAGGAUUAUAAUUUCAGUUAAAACUUACUAGAACUAAUUUUUUAACA